AGUGGGGCGGGGAGCCCAACUCCCGUUCUCAUUGCGGCACUCAUGGUUCUGUCUUCGUUUCUUCCAUUGUCGAAAGCAAAGCAAAGGAAGCCAUAGCAGCACCGCGAUGCCUCAACCUCACUCCUUACAACAACAACAACAACAACAAUGCAUAAUCCAAAAUCUGCAGCAUCUUUCCUCAUAGCACGUGCCAAGUCCCUCCAACUCCACCAUCUCCACCACCACCGCGUCCCUUCAACAUCAUGGUCACUCUUCAAGCUUCAGCCAUGGCUUUCUUCACUCAACGCCAAAUCCUUCAUCGCCACGCGCCUCUUCUCUGGCUACUACGGCCUCGAGCAGUUCUCCGAUGAUGAAUAUGACUGUGAUUUCGAGAAUCACCAGGCAUCGUCUACAGUGGCCAAUGUGGAUGAAUGGAAAUGGAAACUCAGUAUGCUGUUACGCAACGAAAAGGAUCAGGAGAUUGUAUCUCGAGAUAAAAGAGAUAGAAGAGACUAUGAACAGAUAGCUAACCUUGCCAAAAGAAUGGGACUUUACAGUGAGAUGUUUGGAAAAGUGAUUGUUGCGAGCAAGGUGCCUCUUCCUAACUACCGGCCAGAUUUGGAUGACAAACGUCCACAAAGGGAGGUGGUGAUUCCACUGAGCUUGCAAAGGAGGGUUGAAAGUUUGUUGCAGGAAUACCUCGAUAGACUUCAAUUAAAGUCUGACAAAACAACUGACCAUCCGGAUGAUGUAAAGUCCACCAAGCAGGUCAAAGAUAUAUACAUAGAUGAAAAUGCUGAUUCUUAUGUGGAUGAAUCUGUUAUGGAAAAGGUUCUUCAGAAGAGGAGUUUGAGGAUGCGUAAUAUGCAAAGAGCUUGGCAGGAAUCACCUGAAGGCAAGAAGAUGCUGGAAUUCCGGAAGUCUCUUCCAUCAUUCAGGGAGAAGGAAGGUUUACUUCAAGCUAUAGCACGUAAUCAGGUGAUAGUGAUAUCUGGAGAGACUGGAUGUGGUAAAACUACUCAAAUUCCUCAAUAUGUAUUAGAGUCAGAGAUAGAGUCUGGUCGUGGAGCAUUUUGCAGCAUUAUUUGCACACAGCCUCGAAGAAUAUCUGCUAUGGCAGUGUCUGAGAGAGUGUCAGCAGAGAGAGGAGAGCCUCUCGGUGAAUCUGUAGGUUUCAAAGUUCGAUUAGAAGGAAUGAAAGGGAAAAACACCCAUCUGCUUUUCUGUACCAGUGGUAUAUUACUUCGAAGGUUGCUGAGUGAUCGAAACCUGAAUGGUAUAACCCAUGUUUUUGUGGAUGAAAUUCAUGAGCGAGGCAUGAAUGAAGAUUUCUUACUGAUUGUGUUGAAGGAUCUGCUUCCGCGUCGUCGGGAUUUAAGAUUGAUUUUAAUGAGUGCCACCUUGAAUGCUGAGCUUUUUUCGAAUUAUUUUGGAGGUGUGCCAACAUUUCAUAUUCCGGGUUUCACCUAUCCUGUGAGAGCCCACUUUCUAGAGGAUGUUUUGGAAACGACUGGAUAUAAGUUGACUUCCUUCAACCAAAUUGAUGAUUAUGGUCAAGAGAAAUUGUGGAAAACACAAAAGCAGCUAGCCCCACGGAAGAGGAAAAACCAGAUCACUGCUCUUGUUGAGGAUGCUCUUUCUAAAUCUAGCUUCGAGAACUAUAGUUCAAGGACACGCGAUUCAUUAUCUUCUUGGGCACCUGACUGUAUAGGAUUUAAUCUCAUUGAGGCUGUUCUGUGUCAUAUAUGUCGGAAGGAACGACCAGGUGCUGUCUUAGUAUUUAUGACUGGGUGGGAGGAUAUAAGCUGUUUAAGGGAUCAGCUUAAAGCACAUCCUCUUUUAGGGGAUCCCAAUAGGAUUCUGCUUCUAACAUGUCAUGGUUCGAUGGCAACUUCUGAACAGAAACUCAUAUUUGAAAAACCGCCUCCAAAUGUCAGAAAAGUAAUACUUGCUACAAAUAUGGCCGAGGCAAGUAUUACAAUCAAUGAUGUAGUUUUUGUGAUUGACUGCGGAAAAGCAAAAGAGACCACUUAUGAUGCUUUGAAUAACACGCCAUGCCUACUACCUUCUUGGAUAUCACAAGCAUCCGCACGGCAGAGAAAGGGUAGGGCUGGUCGUGUGCAGCCAGGUGAAUGCUACCACUUGUACCCAAAAUGUGUUUAUGAAGCUUUUUCUGAAUAUCAACUUCCUGAACUACUGAGAACGCCCUUGAACUCUCUUUGCUUGCAAAUAAAAAGUUUGCAGGUUGAGAGCAUAGGGGAGUUCUUAUCAGCAGCUUUGCAGGCACCAGAACCACGGACUGUCCAAAAUGCAAUUGAUUUUCUCAAGAUGAUUGGAGCAUUAGAUGAAAAAGAAAAUCUUACCAAUCUUGGGAAGUUUCUUUCAAUGCUUCCGGUAGAUCCGAAGCUGGGGAAAAUGUUAAUAAUGGGAGCUAUAUUUCGUUGCUUUGAUCCUGUUCUUACAAUAGUUGCUGGCCUUAGUGUCAGGGAUCCUUUCCUUUUGCCCCAAGAUAAGAAGGAUUUAGCAGGGACAGCCAAAUCUAGGUUUUCUGCUAAAGAUUACAGCGACCACAUGGCUCUUGUUCGAGCAUAUGAAGGAUGGAAAGAUGCAGAAAGAGAAGGAUCAGCGUAUGAGUACUGCUGGAGAAAUUUUCUUUCUGCCCAAACUCUUCAGGCUAUUCAUUCACUUCGGAAGCAGUUUAGCUUCAUCUUGAAAGAAGGUGGCCUAUUAGAUGCAGAUGCAAGUGCUAUCAACAAAUUGAGUCACAAUCAGGCUCUUGUACGUGGAGUCAUUUGUUCCGGACUCUUUCCUGGCAUGGCAUCGGUGGUGCACAGAGAGACAUCCAUGUCAUUUAAAACAAUGGAUGAUGGCCAAGUUUUAUUAUAUGCAAAUUCGGUGAAUGCACGUUAUCAGACCAUUCCUUACCCAUGGUUGGUGUUUGGUGAGAAAGUAAAAGUCAAUGCUGUUUUCAUCCGUGAUUCCACUGGUGUAUCUGAUUCAAUACUUAUCCUUUUUGGUGGUGCUCUAAGUAAUGGGAUACAGGCUGGACAUCUGAAAAUGUUAGACGGGUUUAUUGAGUUCUUUAUGGAUCCUAAUUUAGCCGACUGCUAUUUGAAGCUUAAGGAAGAGCUUGAUAAGCUAAUCCAAAAGAAGCUAGAAGAUCCUAACACUGACAUUCACAAGGAAGGGAAGUACUUGAUGCUUGCUGUUCAGGAACUGGUUUCAGGAGACCAAUGUGAAGGAAGAUUUGUGUUUGGCCGUGCGAGUCGGAAGCCUAGAGCCUCUAACGAUGAGAAUAAAUUCACAAAAGAUGGGACAAACCCCAAGAGCUUGCUGCAGACACUGUUGAUGAGAGCAGGGCACUCUCCACCAAAUUACAAAACAAAACAUCUCAAGACAAAUGAGUUUAGGGCACUGGUGGAGUUUAAAGGAAUGCAAUUUGUUGGCAAACCGAAAAGAAAUAAGCAGCUUGCAGAAAGGGAUGCUGCUGUCGAGGCAUUGGCUUGGUUGACUCAUACCUCCGAAAACGCUCAGCACGAAGAUGAUAAAUCUCCUCCUGAUGUCACUGACAACAUGCUAAAACUUCUAGGGAAGCGGAAUAAAUCAAAGCGGCGUUCUGGUUGACGCGUUGUUCCUGGAUGGUUUUAGGUGAGUCUAUCCCAUUCUUCUUUAUCUUCUUGGAUUAGUAGCCUAGCAGUGUCAGUUAAUGCAUGAUGGUGAAAGAAAGCCGUUUAGUAUAUUCGAUAUUAGUUCCUGCGAAGAAUUUUUUUGUGGGAUCGAAUUUAUCUUUUUGUGAGAUUAGGGAUCCCUUUGGUUUGUCUUCAUUUUCCCCCAUUUUGGAGGGGUUGAAAAUGGUUCAGGAUAUUAUAGUCCAUUCAAGGUGUUCAGUUUAGGCAGCAGUUUGCUCUUGAAGUCGAAUGAAUAUUUUAGCCGUCCCUAUCAAGCUAAUCUUUUUUUUUGUAUGCAUAAAGUUGUGCCAGUAAUUUAUGAGGACUGACAUGGCUUGUAAUUUUUUGUAGCAACAAUAAAUGAAGUUAAUGUAUUUACUUUUGCUUUAUUCUC